AUGGCUAGCGCCCCUGGCAGCGAUCAGCCGCGCCCGGCGCCGCUGGGGCAGCCCGACUUGCGGCUUCUGACGCCCGCUACCGUGCUCUUGUAUGUGGCAUUAGUUGUCGGGGUGGUUGUGUUUCUUGUGUUUCUGUUUUUCACGUUCCGCUACUUCGUCAGGGCCAAAUACGGCCUCCACCUUACCUCGUUGCGGCGCCACCAGGGGGGCGGGCUGGGCGACGCCGAGUGGGCGGCGAUCACCCACCACCGGGAGUAUUUGGUCCACCAGCUCCACCAGAGGUUUUUGACGAGAUCAGGCCACUUGGUGACUCCCAGGGGAGACCGGAGACGGCGGCAGGGGUUCGCUAAGAUGAAGAAGCUUACCCCCUCUCAGGUGGAGGCGCUCUUCCCCGCGCGCCCUUAUAAGGAGUGGCUCCAAAUUGAGGACGAACACGACCUCGAUAACGACGCCGACAACGAUGCCAGAGGCCUUAUUGUGGUCGAGGAGAGUGCAGAAACUGAGGGCGAUGUCACUGAUGGUAAUUUGGUAGGUAAAGGUCACGUGGCGACGACGCUGGCGGCGUGUGGCGACUCGGUGGAGCUCCACUUCGAUACCGGCGGGUGUGCCAUUUGUCUUGACCUGUUUGAGGAUGAUGAUGUUGUCAGAGGCUUAUUAUGUGGCCACCCGUUUCAUGCUGAUUGUCUUGACCCCUGGCUCACGAGGCGAAGAGCCUGUUGCCCCAUGUGUAAACGCGACUACUACCAGAAGGAAACCACAGAAAACACCGUUGGAAAUGAUGCUGGAGGAUCUGGAGACCUUGCCUCAGAGUUUAGCAUUGAUUUGGAUGCGUUCCGAGACGACCCCGACGUCAGGGCGUUGCUCCACCAGUUGAUCCCCCCAGAGAGUAGAGUGCGCCACUUACUCGAGGAUCCGGCGGUACAACGACUGGGGAUUGAAGCUGAGGCUGAAGUGAGGGCAAACAAGAAGUAUGGCGGUAUGGGUAAAAGAGUAUGGUGGAAACUCAUGGGUAUCUCGAAAAAAGAUAUCUUCAACUGGGCGUUCCUCGAACUCUACCACAGUGGCGCCACUACGACUAACAAUACCGGAGAAGAGCCUAAUGAUACUACUAAUCGAACGCCUUCUCCUGAAGUUGCCGUGGAAAUGACGGAGUUGACGACUACCGAGCCUAUAGUGCCGGCACCGGUACACGUACGGGCGCCGUCGCCGGAGCCGCUGGCGGCAAUGGCAGCAGCGCGGGUGGCCUUAGUACAGAAUCGGGUAUAA